AUGUGCAUGCGAUCAUUGGGGUGGGGAAAAAUCGUGAGCAGCGUGUCCAACGCGCUGGACUUUAACCAAGCCACCCUCAGCGGGUGCAUCGACAUCAUCUGCAUAGAGUCCGAAAUUGAAAGCAAGCUCAAAGGAGAAAACAAAAUAAGCGUCACCUACAAGUCCACCCCCUUCCACGUCAGAUUUGGUAAAACAAAAUUGUUAAGAUCAAAGGAAAAAAUAGUGAGCAUUUUGGUUAAUGGAAAGAGCACAAAUUUGCAUAUGAAGUUAGGCAGCGCAGGGGAAGCCUACUUUGUGGAGAAGACGUAUGACGAUGUGGAGGAAGAAUUAGAAACCUCCCCCUUGUCAUCUCCUCGCCAUGAGUACAACGAUUUAUAUUUAGACCAACACAUCGACAGCUGCAGCAUUAACGAUUCGCUAAACAACUUCAAAAGCGAUGACGAUUCGGAUAAGUCUUUCCUUCGCAACAUCGCCAUCGAUAGGCGGAAGUCGGUGGAUAGGAACUACAAACUGGAGCAAGGGAAGGGCAGGAAGCAGAGCAAUAGCCAGGCCAAGGGAGGGGACCUCGUCGCGCGCGACCAGCACGACCAGCAGGAUGGGCGCGAUGGACUAGACGGACUAGACGGACUCGCUCACAACCACCACCAUCACCGUCCCUCCGCCCAAAAAGACAACCUGAAGAAGAAAAAAAAAAACAAAAGCCCCCACCUGCACCGAAACCUGCUAGGCGAAGACUACGGCCACCAUGCCAGUAAACGAAAAACGGACGACGAUGAUCCAAAUGCCAAUUCGGAAUGGUCCUGGUCAUGGGGAAGGCUACCCCAUCUGAAAAAUCAGGACUACGCUUCCGACAAUUGUACAGCCAUUUCCUCCAACAAUAAAAAUGAAAAAAAGGAGAAGAAAAAAAAAUUUUAUAAUAAAAGCGAAUCAGUCCAUGACCACUCCUCAUCGAGGGAACAACUCACUUGUGUACGCAGAAGAAACUUGAGCGAGUCAAAUGUUAGAAAGUGCCUAGACAAAGAGAGAGAAACUAAAAACUUCCCUCGGGGCAGCAAAACGAAGCAUGUAAAAAGAUAUAGGGAUAGCCACUUAGACCAUGUGAAGAAGGAGACCCCCAGAAAACUCAGCAACAAAAAUGAUGCGGAUGACUCCAGGCAGGGUCCCAGGAAGGACAGCAGGGGUAGCCACUCCGCUAAAGCGGCUGUCAAGGCGCCCAACCCCCUCCACCAGGGCGGCGCCAACAACAGUGGCAGUGGAAACAAUAAUGGCAGCGCCAACAAUAAUGGGAAUGCUCACAUUGCCAGUGGCCGAAACGGGGGCAACUCUGCGCAUGUCGAGAAGAGGAGGCCUAGCGAGGGGGAGGGACUCCCCAGCAGGGGGCACGCCGCGGAUGCUAAGCGGCACAGCGAAAGGGGAGGCCAACGGGAAAGUCAACGAAGCAGUCAGCGAGGAGGCCAGCGAGGGAGUCAACGAGGAAGCCAACUGGGAAGCCAACUGGGAAGCCAGCGAGGGAGUGACGCGAACAGGGACCCCACGAAAGGGGAGCCAAAGAAAGAAGCAGAAGAAACACAUAACGCGGAAUCGAAACAGGAGGGUAAGCAAGAUAGGGAUGAUAGGGAGAAGGCGGAACCGAGGGGAGAGGAGCACUCCUUUGGAGAAGCAGUCAGCGAGAAGGAACUCGAAAAGGGGAAGCAGAGGAUGAUAGAGAAGUUGAAGCAGAAAGCGAGGGAGCGCGCUAGGGAGAAGGUGGACGGGGGUGGGGCGCGGACGGGAGCGGGGAAAGAAGCUGACAAAGAAGUAGGCAGAGAAGCCGGCAAAGACGCCGGCAGGGCAGACAAGUGGGCCAAGGCGGAGGAGCGAGCCAAAGCAAGGGGGAAGCUCAAGGCGCACCACGAGCAGCACUCCGAUGAAGAUGCAGCGGCAGACGCAGAGGCAGACGCAGAGAUGAACUCGAACGAGGAGGAUAACCAAAUGAGCUACUCGAAGGACGAGCCGGAGAGCACCUUUGACGACGACAUCCAAAACAGAAUUGAGUGCAGCCUAUGUGGCCAUCUGCUCCUCAACCAAAAUGCAGAUAACGAACAGAGUGACUACAACAUAGAAAUUCACAACAAAAAUAUUUUCGAAGCCAAUAUAGUUACGUAUGACCAGAUAGACAAGAAUUCUAACCUUUGGUACCACCCAUCGCUCGUCUUUCGAUUUGAUAAGAAGGACCCUUACUACCCCUCAAGGGUUGCCCUCCCCCUGCUAGCCUCCUGGGUCGUUUUCAACCAACCCCUGUCUAUCCUGGCUGUCGAGAAAUUGCUAAACUCGUCUCUAACGUUGGUCGAAAUAAAGGACAAGGGGUGGAGGAACUGGUUCGGAGUAUCCAGCGUAGAAUAUGACAAUAACACGAUCAAUACCAAGAGUACGGGGAAGGAUCCCAAAGGGUCCCAUCAAAUUGAAGAUAAGAAGAAAGAGGGGAGAAAAAGUGCCACCAAGAUGGCAACCACCGCAGGUGGCACCACCACCACGAGCAGUAACAAUAACAAUCACUAUAAUAAUGGUAAUGGGGAUAACCAUGAGGCAAUCGAAAUGGCGGCUCUCAAAGAACACGACGCGAAGAGAAGCGUACAGCAUUCGUUACAUAACCCAAGUGAAGUCAGCAGGAGAAGCACCAAACAUGGGGAGGAAAAAAUAAAAAUAAGAUACCGAAAAUCGUUGAGACCAACCUCGGAGCAACUACAGUCGUUAAACCUAAAAGAAGGAGCAAACACCAUCACCUUUUUAGUCACUUCCUCCCUGCAAGGCACCAAAAGUAUUAAUGGCACCAUAUACCUAUGGAAAAAGAAUGCCAAAAUUGUCAUCUCCGAUGUAGAUGGAACCAUUACGAGGUCAAAUGUACUGGGACAUAUAAUGCCGAUCGUUGGAAAGGACUGGUCUCAUGUUGGCGUUUCUCAAUUAUUUAACAAAAUUAAUAAUAAUGGGUACCACAUUUUGUACCUUACUGCUAGGGCCAUCGGUCAGGCCGACUCCACAAGGGAGUACCUCUUCAGGUUCAAAAGAAAUGAUAAUAACAAACUCCCAGACGGACCUCUUAUUUUAAGCCCAGAUAGGCUCUUCCCCUCCUUCAAAAGAGAAGUUAUUGACAAAAAGCCCUACAUUUUUAAAAUAGCCGCGUUGCGCGAUAUAAGAAAUUUGUUCCCCCUAAACCAUAACCCCUUUUACGCCGCCUUUGGGAACACCGAGAGUGACCACCGAGCGUACAUUUCCGUGGGCGUCCCGGAGGCCAAAGUGUUCAUCAUAGACAACCGGGGAAUCGUGCACCACGUCAACUCGACCUACGCCAAAACCUACGAAACCAUGAGCGAAAUUACCGAGCACAUGUUCCCGUGCAUCAAAAAUGACAAAAAGAGGGAAGACGACGACCAAUACAAUUCCUUUCAGUACUGGAAGAUCAACAGCCUGACGUACUACGAAAAGUACAUGAACGUCAGCGACAGCAGUUGA